AUGAUCAAUUUACCAUGUCGCCUAUCAACGCCAUCCCUUCGGAAUGCUCUUCACUUCUACACACCUCGCGGCCUACUUGCCGCGGCAGCAACCGCGACUGCUGGCCCCAAGCAAAGUCGAUUUUCGUCUACCACCAGUCACGAAAGAAGCCUUGAGGAUACCACCUUGCGCCAGAUAUUCGACUCUCACAAUGACUGGCUGCAGUUUUCUCAGCACCAUUUUUCCGACUUAGCAAGACCUUCACGUGGCUUGUUCCAGAACCAAUACCUUAUAGAGCCCUCGGGCUUCCUCAAAUACGCCCAGGUCACGCAAAAGAAGUGUCAGAAAAUUGUGGAUGAUGUCUUGUCAGCAGCCUCAACUGAGGCAUACGCAGCCAUACCAAGACAACUUGACCUUCUCAGCGAUUCCUUGUGUCGAGUCCUCGAUAUUGCAGAUUUUGUACGCUGCACACAUCCAGAUGCUCAGUAUCAAGAAGCCGCCAUCCAGGCUUAUGCGUUUCUCUUCGAUUAUAUGAACGUUCUUAAUACCACUCCCGGAUUAAACGCCCAACUCAGGAAGGCUAUCUCGACACAUGGAGCCUCGGGAUCGUGGAAUGAGGAAGAGAAAAUGGUGGCCCAGAUCCUGCUUCGAGACUUUUCGAACUCUGCCAUUGAAUUGCCUGCCGAAAAGAGGCGAAGAUUCGUAGAGUUGUCGAACCAGAUGAAGGCAUUGGGAAACGAGUUUCUGGACAGUAUGACUCCGACAACGUCUUACCUCGACUUUGAUAUUAGACAGCUGAAAGGUAUGGAUCCGUUGAUCCUCGCGCGAUACUCUGAGGGGCGUAAGAGGAUACGAUUGCCCACUGUUGGGGAUGUGCCAUAUACGGCUUUGGGAACCGUGGAGGACGAAGCGACACGAAGAGAGAUCUACAUCGCAGGAAGACAGUCCUCGAGGAAGCAGACUAAGCUGCUCGAAAGGCUGAUGGUGACCCGCGUUGAGAUUGCAAAUCUUUCUGGUCAUGAGAGCUAUGCUCACAUGAACUUGUCUGAUAAGCUGGCUAAGUCACCCGAGGCCGUUGUUUCUUUUCUCACAGCGCUCUCCGCGGAUAACGCUCCGCGCGUAAUGCAAGAACUGGUGCGAAUGAAGCAGAUGAAAGCAGCAGAUGGCAUUUCUACGGGAAUUGAGCAGUGGGACCUGAUCUACUAUCGAAAUCGUCUCAACGUUGAUCUGAAACCAAAGUCUCGAAACCCCGAUUUCAUGCCGGCCUACUUCUCUCUGGGCACAGUGAUGCAAGGGCUUUCGCGCCUCUUCAACCGGCUUUACGGCAUCCGUUUUGUCCCUCGUAGUACCAGUCCCGGAGAAACGUGGCACUCUGAUGUGCGUCGUCUGGACGUUCUACACGAGACUGACGGCCACGUCGCAGUACUUUAUUGCGACCUUUUCGCGCGUGCUGGCAAGAAUCCAAAUCCCACACAUUUCACCCUUCGUUGCUCGCGUCUUAUCUCCCCUUCAGAGACUGGUGAAGGGCCAGACUCUCCACAGGAUGCCAAUGAUGGCAUGGCAGUUUCGUCCUUCAUCAAUAACCACCAGUACUAUCAACUUCCGGUACUAGCUUUGAUCUGUGAUUUUCCUCACCCGCCACACUCGUCAGUUCCCGCGCUGCUUGGCUUUCAGGACGUCAAAACGCUUUUCCAUGAAAUGGGCCACGCCAUCCAUUCAAUUCUUGGCCGUACAUCUCUGCAGGUCGUCGCCGGCACUCGCUGCCCCACCGACUUCGCGGAGCUCCCUUCGGUCCUGAUGGAGUAUUUCGCCUCGGAUCCUUCGGUACUUGCGCUUUUCGCACGUCACUGGGAGACCGGCGCAUCUUUGCCGUAUGAGAUGGUCAAAAAUUCAUUGCUGAUGCAUGGACGAGGACAGGGUGUCCAAACGGAGACCCAGAUCCUGUUUAGUUUGCUAGAUCAAGCUUACCACUCUUCGCUUCCGGUCGACAUGAACGGAGGCUUUGAUAGCACGAAAGCUUUCUUCGACGUUUACGAUAAAUACAGUAGCGUGCGGGAGCCUCGAGGCACGAACGCGCAGGGCUUUUUUGGACAUUUGGUAGAGUAUGGGGGUACCUACUAUAGUUACCUUUUCGAUCGAGCUAUUGCAGGGAAGGUAUGGAAGGAAGUCUUUAGCGGAGGAAAGGAUGGUAGGGCGGUGGACAGAGAGGCAGGAGAGAGAUAUAAAGAGGAGGUGCUGAAAUGGGGAGGCGGAAGAAGUGGUUGGGCCUGUGUCAGUGGAGUGCUGGGAGAGGAAAGGUUAAAAGACGGUGGAAAGGCAGCAAUGGAGGAGGUAGGGAAAUGGGGUGUGCACGAUUAG